AUAGUAACUAAAAGGGCAAUAAAAGUGUUUAAAAAGUAAUAAUUAAAAGACAAAAAACAACCGAAUGAUUACUCAGUGAUAGUGAUACUAAACACCCAGUGAACAGUAGGACUCUAUGUGUACUUUGUGAGCAGUUCAACACAUUUGUCAUUUGUCGCCUGUCGGAUAUAAUUUCUUGGGGGGGGGGGGGUACUGCCCACCCCAGCUCCUCCCAUAGACACGCCCCUGAACCAAGCAGGAGUGAGCAGAGUCUCUUCCUUUUGCAUACCUGCACGCAUUUGCAUGUAUGCAUCUAUAACUUUCCUGGAGCCUAUUCCUAGGUUUGGUUUAAAACCGUGGUCAGAUUUCUCACACUGACCUGAAACUGGUUGGACAAGAGCCGUGCAUACAAACAUCGAUUUCACAAAACUAUAUGGUGAUAUCAAACAAACUGCAGUUGUGUGGUUUUGAUGAAUAAAAAUGGAAAAGCUUGAUCUGCCCGACUGGAUGUCCCAGCUGCCUACUGAGCUCCAUUCAGUUCCCCUACGGGACCUCGCCAUACCUGGAAGUCAUCACACCAUGACCUACUGUCUGGAUGGCUCGUCGGAUUUGGAGCCCAAUGCAUCCGAAUUGCUGAAGAUCCUAAAAAAAGUCUUCGGUCAUUUUGUCGAUGACAUUGUCGAGAGAUGGGCCACAACACAGGAACUAAAUAUCAUUCAGCAGCUGGAUGCAGGUGUUCGGUAUUUUGAUUUGAGAAUUGCUUGUAAGCCAAAUGAUGUCACUCACAUCUUGUACUUUGCCCAUGCACUCUACACUACAGUUACUGUGGAGGAAACCUUCAACAAAGUUCAUCAGUGGUUGGCAGGCCACCCAAAGGAGGUUAUCAUUCUCGCCUGCUCAACAUUCGAUGGUGUGGAUGUCAGUGAUCAUCAGAGUUUCAUUGCCCAACUGAUCCAGCUCUUUGGGAAGAAACUCUGCCCUAAAAUGGCGCGCCCCUCUCUUCAGCACUGCUGGGAUCAUGGAUAUCAAGUGAUCCUUUCCUACGCCCAUUCAGCAGCUUCUGGCCACCAGGAGCUGUGGCCAGAGAUUGACUACUGGUGGUCUGACCAAGACAGGACAUCAGCAAGUAAGGUUAUACAAUACUUGGAUGACCGCUUGAAGGGCAAAGGACAAGAUGAUACCUUCUUCAUGUCAGGUCUGAACCUCACUCCAAAUUCAGACUAUGUGGCGGCAAACGUAUUGUCAUCCAUAAAGGAAAUGACUCUUGCUGCUUAUCCAGAGUUACUAGCCUGGGUCAAAAGGCAACACUGUGGUCAAGGCAAAGGAUGCAUCAACAUUAUCGCUGCUGAUUUUGUGGGUGUUAAUCAAUUUGUCCAGCUUGUCAUUGAGAUCAAUCGGAAAAAAUGAUCAAGUCAUUUAAUUCAUUCACUUAAGCAGGAAAGAUAAAAUAAUUUAAAAACCUGAUAAGAGACACUUCUAAAAGGGAAUAGGGGACAGGGAGGGUACUGUUCCGGAGGGUACUGUUCCGUAUACUGGGUCCUGUACCUUUCAUUCCGUAUAUUAAUGACUUGUCAGACAUAUGCCCUGAUGUACAGUUGGUCUCCAGAUGUAUGCUGAUGAUACAGAUGUGCUGUAUGCAUCUGGUAAUAUACCUACAAUUUUGUUGUAGACAAACUAAAUACUAAAAACUAAAAACUAAAAACUACUUGGCUUGAAUCAACACUAAACACCUAGUGUUUAAACACUAAAAAACAAUUAUGUUUUUCCAUUAAUAAAUCAGCUGCAACACAACCCUUGAAUGUAAGUGAGCUCAUCGAAGUGUCAGAGGUAAAGUAUGUAUAAUUCUGGAUAUCACCAAAUCAUGGUAAUUCCGCAACAAUCUUGUACUCAUGCCUAGUCCUCUGUGUUUAACCAUUUGCAUUGCAUCUUUCUUUUCUUUCCUUUGUUCUUUUAUACCUCUUUAAAGUAUACUUUAUUGCU